UCGAAUUCCUUUCUCUGAAUCAUAUGGCACUACAGCUGAAGUAGGAAAUGAAACUGCAGUCAUCUACAUAAUGCCACAACCUAUGGUAGAGAGCAGGAGGGUUCUCAUUAUUUUCAGAGAUGGACUUAUAAGCUUAUGGGAUAUUCAAGAAAGUAAAGCAGUGUUCGUUUCUGGUAGAAGUGCGCCACAUUCAUCUCACCAUGAGCCUAAACAUGUUGUAUCUGCAUGCUGGGCUUGUACACAAGGAAGUAAAGUUGUUGUCGGUUACAGUAACGGUGAUUUAUUUCUUUGGGCUAUUCUAUUCAAUUCAAAUCAGAAAUAUGCCCCUGCAAAAAACAAACAUGAGAUAAAUGCUGUUCCAAAUAUUCCUCUUCUCAAGCUUAAUCUCGGGUUCAAAAUGGACAAGAUUCCCAUAGUUUCUUUAAGAUGGGUUGCUGGUGAUGGGAAGACAAGCCGAAUAUAUAUAAAUGGGUUUUUUGAUGAUGACACUUAUUUAUUUCAGGUAUUAAUUCUGAACGAAACAACAGAAUCACGAACAAUUAAGUUGGUGUUACCUUUGACUGAAGCUUGCUUGUCAAUGGAGCUUAUCUCGUGCUUUAAUGACCAGAAUAAACACCAGCCAAAUGCUCUUGUUCUGUUGUUAAAAUCUGGUUGCCUGUGUCUGGUUGAUGAUUCCCAAAUUGAACGCUAUCUAAUACAAUGCCAAUCUAAGUCACCUCCAACGCUCCCAAGCCAGAUAUUGGUCAAACUACCUUUUGGUGAUUCACCCAUCACUGUUGCAAAGCUCUAUACAAGCAACACUGCACCUUUAAGUUUUAUGGAUGAGGAUAACAUUUUAUUGACCAAUAAGUAUGCUUACUUACUUUCAACCAAUCCAAAGGAAAAGGACAAAAAUUGUUUAAGCUCUGCACGUUUCAGCGAACUUUCCAAGAUGAGAGGCCUGUAUAUCACUGGGCACACUGAUGGAGACAUAAACUUAUGGGAUGCAUCAUGCCCCCUUUUACAACUAGUUAUAUCAAUAAAACCACAGAAUGAGGAUAACAAUUCUUCGUCAAGUGGAGCUCCUAUAACAUCAUUGCAUUUUGAUACUUCUUUGCAAGUUCUUGUUUCUGGAGAUCAAAAUGGACUGGUUCAAAUCAUCACCUUUAAAAAGGAGCAGCUGGCAUCACAAAACAUCUUUUCAUUUCUGCAAGCAAAACCAGGCGACAACUACACUGUUCAUAGUGUCAAACUAAAGGGAGCUAUACUAUCCACCUCAGUAAAUACGGACAUCAAGCAUCUUGCUGUUGGAACCGAUAAAGGACUUGUAUCUGUUAUCAACAUGGAGGAUGCUUCUAUUAUAUAUCAGAAACAAAUGCAGAGUCAGCUAUACAGCGGUGUCACCUCUUUGCGGUUUGAGAAGUAUUGUCAAGAUGGCUCUGAGAAGAAUGUAUUGUUGGUUGGGAUGGAAGAUUCAGUGGUCUGGGCUUUCGAAGAAGAUAAAGGGGAUGCGAUGAGCACUAACUCUAUUCGAACGAAGGAGCCUUCUAGAGCUCUGUUAAUGGAGAUACUAGAUGCACCCACGGAGACCGGAUGGGUAUCUAAUUCCCUGGAUAUAUCCAAGGAAAAUUCUUUCAAGGAGACAGCAUCAAAUCACUCUAUUUUGUUGCUUUGUUCUGAAAAUGCUGUGCGACUAUACUCCUCAAGCCAUGCAAUUCAGGGUAUCAAGAAACUCAUUCAUAAGAAACAACUAAGCGGCAGUUGUUAUUAUGCAUCUGUUCUCUAUGGCCCUUCUUCCAGUAUUGGACUAAUCCUUGUCUUCGCCAGUGGCAAGAUAGAGAUAAGAUCACUUCCAGAUUUAACCCUCUUAAAGGAGGCUUCACUCAGAGGAUUUACAUUUCUGAGACAAAAAUCGAAGUUGCACAGAGCCGCUAUAUUAUCUUCUUCAUCUGAUGGAGAACUUGUCAUGGUCAAUGGAGAUCAAGAGAUUCUCUUUUUCUCAACUCUUUGUCGCAAAGACAUCUACAGGAAUUUAGAGUUAAUUAACCUGGUAUUCAGAAGAGAUAUUGCAUUGGAAGAAGAAUCUUCCUAUAUGAUGAAUACUCCUAAAGAAAAGAAAAAGGGAAUAUUUGCCACAGUAGUGAAAGAUCUAAAAGGAAACAAGUCAAAACAAAACCAAGAAAUCGAUGUUGAAGAUUUUAGUCCAAGUACUUCCGAAGAAUUAUCUGCCAUAUUUUCAAAAGCUAAUUUUCCUCCAGAUUCUGGGAGAAGGAACAGUUCUACAAAAGAUGGUGAAGAUGUCGAGCUGUCUAUAGAUGAUAUCAACAUUGAAGAUGGGCAACCAAAACAUAAAGGGCCGAACUUUGCAGUUCUAAGCAAACAGAAGUUCGGCAAGGGAUUACAGGCCCUGAAAGGUAAAUUGAAACCCAAGACAGAGGAGAAGGCACAUUUAGGAAAAGAGAAGCCUGAAGAUGCAAUACCUAUAAGUGCAGUGGAUCAAAUCAAGAUGAAAUAUGGAUACUCGGCAAACAAUGAGUCCAGCAUUCCAGAAAUGGCCAAGAACAAGCUGAAGGAGAAUGUCAGAAAGUUGGAGGCCAUUGGCAUGCGGACCUCGCAGAUGGAGAAUAACGCCCAAUCCUUCUCAUCGAUGGCAAAAGAACUUCUAAGCAUUGUAAAGAAUGAAAAGAGUUCAUGAAGACUCUCUCUCUCUCUCUCUCUCUCUCUCUCUCUCUCACGCACGCGCACCCCUUCGGUAUUUCCUCCCUCCUCUAUUUGUAUAUAUAUUUUAUUUAUAUGUUUUAUUUAUCUGUAGUAUAACUUCUAUAAGUUGUUGGUCUUGUUUUCCUUCGGCGUGCAAGUCCAUCUGCUUUAUCUUUUACAGGGCGGAUGUCAUUUUCCUUCGUGGAAGUGGUUGUUGUUGUUGUUGUUGUUUUAAUCUUUCUUUUCAUAUUCUAGCCA